AGAGAGAGAGAGACAGACAGAGAGAGAGACAGACAGAGAGAGAGAGAGAGCAUGUGAGUAAGUCUGUCAGUAUGCAACGUGUUGAGCAGCUGAACUCUGUCUUGAACUCUCCGCCUCUCAGAAGAGGAAAACUCUCGCUGAAGACAAAAAUAGUUAUUUCUUGUCAUUGUCAAUCCAUUUGUUUGUUCAUUUAUUUUGGUUGUUGCGUUUCUUUAUUCGUGGACGCUCGUCUCAGAGGAUGUAAUGUUGCGGGAUCCCUCAGGAUUUUGGACCUUUUUGAAAGAUUUGGACUCAACACUUCCAUUCAUCUUUUGUCUCGAAGUGUUCCCCGGCUGUUUUUGUUUCUCCCCUCCCGUGGUAUUUCCUGCUUUUAUGUGUUGUUCUGAUACUGUGCUUGCGUCCGGAUGAGUGUGCUCCGCUGGCACCGGCUCUCUGCGCUCUGGAAGAACUGGAUGUUCAACCAGGAGCCAGCAGAAGAGCAGAUCUCAGAAGCUCCAGGGCAUGAAGCAGAGCCACGGGGAGAGGGAGCGAACACACACAAGGAUCACAACUUUCAGCAACUUAAGACCCAAAACUUGGAUUAUAACAACCAGAACUCGGAAAUUACAAAUCUGGACUCUGUUCCUGAGAUCCAAAAGCCUGACCUACUAAAACGGAGAUCCUCUGAGCCGUGCUCUCAGGUCUCAAACUGUGAGGAUCAGUCCUCCCGGUGUCCUCACACACCUGAAGCUUGUGGAUGCGAAUCCCGUACAAGCUACUGUUCUGUGAAGGCUGUUGACUGUGUAUUGCAGGUGGAUAACGGCAGCGAGGGGGACGACGGUUUUCUGCAGAGAGAAGGAUCCCAGCGGAGGUCCAGACGGCGCUUCAGGAGAGUCAACCCCAGGGGAGAGCGGGAACUCAUCACAGACGGCCAAGAACCCUCCGGCUACAACACGGAUUAUGUCAACAACCAGCUUCCUGCUGACCUCAAUAAGAUGCACCUAACAGACCACGCCCAUCAGCAGGUGAUGCACAUGCCUCCCAGCCAAUCGGGAUGCAGCAUCGCCAGCGACUCGGGGAGUAGCAGCCUAUCAGAUAUUUACCAGGCCACAGAGAGCGAGCUGGGAGACGUGGACCUGUCUGGACUUCCAGAGGCUGCGGUGGACAGCGAGGAAGAGGAGGAGGAAGAUGAGGACCUGGAGCGAGCUUCAGACACUCUUCUGGGCCGAGACCUGGUCCGAGAGUGUCUGGAAAAAGACCCAGCCGACCGCAACGACGACGACAUCGAGCAACUGCUGGAGUUCAUGCAUCAGCUGCCCGCCUUUGCCAACAUGACCAUGUCUGUGCGCAGAGACUUGUGUAGCGUCAUGGUGUUUGAGGUGGUGGAGCAGGCUGGCACCGUCAUACUGCACGACAAACAGGAGCUGGACCUCUGGUAUGUUAUCCUGAACGGGACAGUGGAGAUCAGCCAUCCAGACGGAAGAGUGGAGACUCUUUGUAUGGGCAACAGUUUUGGCAUCUCGCCCUCUUUGGACAAACAGUACAUGAUCGGAGAAGUUCGCACCAAGGGGGACGACUGCCAGUUCGUCUGCGUCGCCCAGGAGGACUACUGGCGCAUCCUCAACCAUGUGGAGAAGAACACGCACAAGGUGGAGGAGGAGGGGGAGAUCGUGAUGGUGAAGGAGCACCGCGAGCUCGACCGCAGCGGGACCCGGAAGGGACACAUUGUCAUCAAGGGCACCCCGGAGCGUCUGAUCAUGCACCUGGUGGAGGAACCGUCCGUGGUGGACCCCACCUACAUCGAGGACUUCCUGCUGACCUACAGGACCUUCAUCUCAAAUCCCAUGGAGGUCGGCAAGAAACUGCUGGAGUGGUUCGAUGUGGACAGCCUCCGGGACACGGUAACGAGGAUAGUGCUGCUGUGGGUCAACAACCACUUCAAUGACUUUGAAGGUGACCCGGCCAUGACACACUUCCUGGAGGACUUUGAGAAACAUCUAGAAACCGCAAAAAUGAAGGGCCAUUUGCGGCUGCUGAACAUAGCAUGUGCAGCUAAGGCUAAGUGGAGACAGAUCACUCUGCAGAAGGCAUCCAGAGAGUCGCCGCUCUACUUCAGCGUAAAGGGCGGCAGUGAGAGAGGAUUCGGCAUCUUUAUUGAGUCGGUGGAAGUAGGAAGCAAGGCUGCCGAGGCCGGACUCAAACGAGGAGAUCAGAUCAUGGAGAUCAAUGGUCAGAACUUUGAGAACAUCUCCUUCUCCAAAGCUGCUGACAUCCUCCAAAAUAACACACACCUCUCUCUCACCGCCAAAACCAACAUAUUCGUCUUCAAAGAGCUCCUUAGCAGGAUCGUGCACGAGAAGAAGAAUGGCGGCCCUCACAUUCCCAAGAUCCAGGAGAAAAAAGGCAAUCGCUUCUCCAUCCCCAAUCUCCACGGAGACGUGGAGUUCCCUACAGACCACAAGAGCACCAGGAAAAUGAAGGCCAACACUGUGUCAGGAGGACGAAACAAGAUCAGGAAGAUGCUGGAGAAGACGCGCUUCAGUAUACUGCCUCCCAAACCGUUCAGCGAUGGGGGCAUGGGUCAGUCUCAGGAUGACAGCAUUGUGGGUACCAAGCAGUGUCGUCACAGCGUGGCAAUCAUGCCCAUCCCCGGCAACCUGUCGUCCAGCAGCCCCGACCUGCUGCACCCGGCAACCAGCGUCCUCGACUUCUCCAACCAAGCCCCUGGAGCCACCGUGCCCUGCCCUCUUCUGCUUUGUACGCUUUCGCGACUGUAUGAUGGAGUGACUGGGAAAUGCUUCGGCAAACGGUACAAAGGAGGACGAGGAAUAGACUGAGGCUUGUGAGAAGUGUGUAGCCUAUUUUAGUGCUGUAUUUGCACAAAACAAACCCCAAGAAGACUUGUUCUUUUUCCUCCUGUGUGGAAAAAGCUCCUUGGCUUCAGGCCAUGAAUAUAUUCUGCGGUGUUGAUGAAAAUGAAUGAUACCUUUUAGUAAAGAUGAUAAUUGAUUGUUUGGCUAGAUGGGCAGCGAUUGUCCUCAU